UAAUCAAAUUCACACUGAUGGAUCUUCUUUUUUUUAUUACCUAUCUUAUUAUUUUAUAUCUGAAAAGAUAAAAGAAAUCAAAUUAAGAUUUCAAAUAUUUCCUGGAAAACCAAAACCUACAAUUACUUUUCUUGUCCCUUAUAUUAAAUUUGUUAAUUAUCCGCAAAACUAUAAUUGGUUUAUGGAAUUUUUUAUUAGGCCAAACCCUAAUCCAUUUGUAAAAACGAUUAAUAGAGCGAUAUAUGAAACAUGGGGUGGAGAAGCAAUGAUUAAUUUCAAGUGGGAAAAAUAUGGAAGAUAUUAUUAUGCAAUAAUUUGGAUUAUUUUUGCUGCUUUACUUGGAUGCUUUACCGCUGCUACAACACUUUCUGAAGAUUAUAUAUCUGAAAAGGAUAGAAAAAUACUUUAUAUAUCCUCAAUUUUUCUUGGAAUUAUUCAUCUCAUUAUUGAACUUCGUCAAUUUAUUUAUGAUCCUAUCGCAUGGAUUUCUGAUCCUUGGAACUAUUUUGAUUUGGGAGCAUAUUUGCUUCCUACAUGUACAUCCAUUUAUUCGUUGAAAAAUGAUGAUAAGAUCUUUUUUUUGAUCUCAAUUUCAUGUCUCUUAUUAGAUCUUAAAUUUUUAUUAUUUUUUAGAGUAUUUGAAUCGUUUGGUCUUUAUUUUGUAAUUAUCAUUAGUGUUGCUAAGCAGAUUGCUUCCUUUUUAAUUAUUUUAUUUUUUAUACUUGUUAGUUUUGCCCACGCUUUUUUGAUUCUUUUAAAACCAAGAAAUAUUUAUAGUUUAAGUGAACCCCCACCUGCAGAUAAUAAUGACAUCAAUAAUCCUUGGCAUUUAACUAAUACCUUUAAUAGUAAUGAUGGCACUCCAGUAUUAUUUCAACAACCUAACGCGAAUACAAACAUGUUUACUGACUAUAGGACUUCACUUUUUUCGAUGUAUUUAUAUCUCACCGGUAAUCCAAACGCUUUGCCUAACUGGGAAUUUAAAAAUAAUGCACCCAUUGAUAUAUUAAUGGUUUCAUUCUCUUUAUUAAUUGCUGUAUACCUUAUGAAUUUGUUGAUUGGUUUGCUUAAUCUUGCUAUUCAGCGUGAUAACAAUAGAGUUUCAUAUUUACUACAAAGUGCAACGAUUUUAUCGGAAAUUGAGCUAUUUUACUUACUUCCUAAUCAAAGACGUUGGAAAACUUGGUUUCCUGAUGUGAUAUAUUAUCAUGCAAAUAUUGAUAAGACGCGUAGAGAAAUUAAAGAAAUAAAUAAAGAUGGUGAAUGGAAAUAUGAUACUGAAUUUCCCGAGAUAAGAAAGAUGAGGGAAAAUUUAUUAAAAAAGCUUAAUAUUCGGGAUAGGCAUCAGCAGAAAUAAUUAGACGAGC